GCUUUCUCGGUGCACCAAUGCUUCCGUAACGCGACCCCUCGACACUACGCACCCAUGGCCCCGGUCGAGGAAACAUCUCCGGCGAUCAAAGGGGAUAAAUCGGAUAAGACACGUAAGAAGGAAAAGUCGGAAAAGAAAGGAAAAAAGAAGCGAACUCGCGAGGAUGAUGCCGAAGCUGGCCACGAGACUGGGCGGAAACACAAGCGGUCAAAGAGCACCGUAAAAGAGGAAGAGGAGGCAGAGGACAGCUUCGUCAGGGGACCAUCUCCCGAUCUCUCGGCUGCAGCGCCCGCGAGUGCGAAUGACAGCAGUGCUCCAGACGACGAGACGUCGGCGAAGAAGAAGAAGGGGAAAGAGAAACGCCACAAGAAGCACCGAAGCAAGGCGGAUGACGAAUCAGACCACGAUGCGGUAGCUGAGGUGGACGUGGACUCAACAAAAAAGAGCAAGAAGAAGAAGAAGAAGAGAGAGAGGCAACCAUCGCCCGAUCUCGCAGAGGCGGCGCCGGCAGCAACGCAGGAUAAAGCCGAUCUCAUGGACGUCGAUGCACCAUCCGCUGAGCCUCAGCCGCACCAAUCCACGUCGCGACUACAUCAGCCCCCCGAUGCGCCUUCUGAUCCUCAAUUCCCCUUCUUCACCCAGACUGUCUCGCUUUACCUACCGCUCUACCCCAUAGGAUGGGCAGAACCCCGCACCGCUGCGGCAACGCAACAUCUCGAGCCUAUGUUGAACCGCUACGUCCCGGUGCUCAAGGGCGUGCUUUUGGCUUUCCGAAACGUCAGGGUGUCGGAUCAGCCGGGACGACGGGACGACGGCGACGACGAAGACGACGGCGGCGGCUCGGACAUGGACUCGUGCGAAGUCGCUUCCAUCGACGAGUAUGCUGUCGGCUUCGGCUGGGUGACGGUCGAGGUCGACCUCUUCGUUCCCAAACGCGGCGCCUGGAUGGAAGGCAGCAUCAACCUGCAGAGCGAGGGCCACGUCGGCGUUGUCUGCUGGGGCAAGUUCAACGCCAGCAUCGAGUCGGCUCGCCUGCCGCCCGAGUGGCGCUGGGUGCACCUGGGGUCGGACGAGGCGAACGAGGCCGGCAACAACAACAUGGACGACAGCGUCUCGAACUACACGGCCGAGGAGCAGCACGGCGCCGUGCGCCAGAUUCACGCCACGGGCUACUGGGUCGACGGGACCGGGAGCAAGGUCAAGGGCAGGGUGCGGUUCCGCAUCAAGUCGUUCGAUGUCGGCAUCACUGGCGACCAUGGCUACCUGAGCUUGGAGGGCACGAUGCUGGACGCGGCCGGCGAGGCCGAGGCGGUGCAGCAGGAUGUUCAGCAGGAGCUCCGGCGCAGGCGGGGUAAAUCGGGCGGUAUCCUCGUCAAGGAACGGCGCAUGGUGCCCGAGUUCAGCGUCACCAAGUUUGGACAUGUCGAGGACGAGGAGGAGGCGCUGCGGCAGGACGUGUGGAAGACGACCGAGCCGGCGGCCGAUACCCCAGCGACGAGCACUGUUGCAUUUGCCGGGAUCUCGAACGACGACGCCUAGAAGGCGAAUAGAAAACCCGAGAGACGGGCGCUUUUGUAAUAGGGGCGCAGCGAUGAUGCUUGGUUUGGCUUUUGCUUACUAGAUAUCUCAACCGUUGAGAUGAGGCUGGUUCGGGAUACAAUAUCACAGUGGUUUAUAUUAUGAUGCCUCUAGAUUGCACCGCGACCAUCAAAUUUGUCUUCGCAUCACUUCUCGUCAAGUCGACCAUGCA